AUGGAAGAUGAACCAAAACAAAUAGAAAGAAAGUACGCAAGUCGUCAUACUGAAUCAAAAAAUGAUGACUCGUUGAAAGACACAGAUGCAUCAACAGCUUACCCUUCGACAACGACUGCCGAGAACAGCGAAUAUUCUGAAAGUGAUGAUUUAUCUGAUGAAGUUAAUAAGCAAAAUAUUUUAAGACUCACAAAAAUGAAAUGGCUAAGUGAAAAUCCAUCGGGAUCCAUAGAUUCUAGGUCUCCGUGUCUAACUCCAAAUCAGUCGUUGUCAGGGUCGUGUGUUAGUGAUUCUGAAGAAAACAUUGGAUCAUGUGUCAGCCUCGGUGAGAAAUGUCUGUCAACUAUUCUACGGUUGGACAAAGAACACAAUAUGUUUGGGUUAUCUAAUAUAACCAUCGUUGAUUCAAAGUUUUCGAGGACAAGCCGCAAGAGGGAUGAAGGACCCGUUUUCCCUCAAACCGCUAUUAUACAAAUUUGCUGUGGAAGAGGAUGUUGUAAACAUAAGGUUUCUAAAAUUUACAUAAUCUAA